GAUGCUACUACAUACAACGUAGCCGUCAGCAGCAUCCUGGCGCAGUGACGUCUGAGUUCACCUAAUGAGGCAAACGGGUGGUGUUCGCCGCUUUGAACCAUCGCAUCGAGUUCGUAUUCGUUCUAAUGGAUCCUUAGAUAAUGGCAGCUGUAAUAAAUAUCUAGCAAACAUGGCCCUCAAUUACGGAUCUAUUGCCUUGUAUAUGAUUGAGAUCACGAUUACAUACUACUUUUUACUCGGCAUCUACAAUGUCUACUUCCACCCUCUCCGCCAUUACCCAGGACCAGUCCUGUGGCGCUUCAGUCCGGUGCCGAAGAACAUCUACCUCCUGACGGGCAGAUACGCCGCCAAAGCCCGUGAAAUCCACGAGACCUACUCCGGCGCCGUCCGGGUAGCUCCCAACGAGCUAUCCUACAUUCAACCACAAGCAUGGAAAGACAUCCUAGGCCGCCCCCUCAAAUCCGAAAUGGCAAAAGACAUACGCUUCUUCGGCGGCGAGAAUUUCGGCCGCGACAGCCUCGUCACCACCACGCCGGAAGACCACACCCGCCAGCGCCGCAUCUUCACGCACGCCUUCUCCAACACGGCGCUCAAGGCGCAGGAGCCUCUGCUGGUGAACUACGCUGACCAAAUGAUCGAGGCUAUGGGAGCGCUCGCCGAGCGUCAGCAUCAGCAAGCGCACGACGGCGAGGGUGAGAGUGAUGGGUUGGGGUCCGUCAACAUUGUAGAUUUGUACAACUUUGCCACCUUCGACAUCAUGGCGGACUUGACCUUUGGCGAGCCGCUUCUUCUGCUCAAGAGGGGUGAUUACACGCCCUGGGUGCGCAACGUCUUCGCGGGUCUCAAGUUUGUCAUCUACGGGCUCGUCUUCCUUGAGAUUCCGGUGCUGGGACCGCUUGUUCAGGCGGUUACGUCCGCGCCGCUGAAGAAGAAGGCGCAGGAGCAUACUGACUUUGCGGGCCAGCUCGUCGAUCGGCGGCUGAGGGAGAGACAAGCGCAUCCGAAGCCUGAUAUCUGGAGCUUUGUACUCAAGCACAACGACGGCGGCAGUGAUGACGACAGAGUCAAGAGCAACGAAAAGGGUCUGUCUGACAGGGAAAUGCACGCCAACGCGGCCAUGUUCAUGGUCGCCGGGACGGAGACGUCGGGGACGGUGUUGUCCGGCACGACGUACUACCUGCUGCGGAACCCGCGGGUGUACGACAUUUUGACGAGGGAGAUUCGGGCCGCGUUUGCGCGGACGGAGGAUAUUUGCGUCGACGGGCUUGUGCGGUUAGAGUACUUGACCGCGGUGCUGAUGGAAGGGUUGAGGUUGUAUAACCCCGGCGGCGCGGGGAUGCCGAGGAUCGUGCCGAGGGGCGGGGCGGAGGUGUAUGGGGAGUAUAUCCCGGAGGGCACUCUGGUAUCCGUCAACCCCUACUCGGCCUUCACGAACCCGGAGAACUGGGCCCGGCCGAACGAGUUCGUCCCGGAGCGGUGGAUCCAUACGGAUGCGCCCGAGUGGAAGGAUGAUAAGAGGGACGUACACGAGCCGUUUUCGUAUGGGCCGAGGAAUUGUUUGGGCAAGAAUCUCGCGUGGCUGGAGCUUCGUCUGCUACUGGCCAAGACGCUGUGGCACUAUGAUCUGGCGCUCUGCCCCGGUAUGAAGUCGUGGGUUGAGCAGAGGAAUUAUAUCACGUGGGAGAAGGGGCCGCUGAUGGUUAAGCUGAAGCCUGUUCAGAGGGAUGGAUGAAAGCUGUGCUGUUCUCAUCAUGUAGGAGGGGAG